CUCCUGGAAUCUGCUGGAGGGGGGGAUGGGGCGAGCGGGACGGGAGAGAAAGCUUGUCAGCGAUGAGCAGCAACCAAUGCGGCGGCUCGGAUCGAGCGCACCCGCAUCUGGCGACUGCCGAUUUCUAGAAGAAUAGUGCCGCCAUCAGCCGAACCCGACAGCAAGCACCGUCCCUCCCCCCACCACCAUGUCGUCAGAGAACAGCGUCCCAGAUAACGCUCCCCAGCACUGCCCCGGAACCGAGAGCGACCAGGCUGGAAAAGCCGAUGCCUGUGCCGGAUGCCCCAACCAACAGAUCUGCGCAACAACACCAAAGGGCCCAGAUCCAGCGAUUCCGCUCAUCAACGAGCGCAUGGCGACCGUCAAGCACAAAAUCCUAGUGCUCUCCGGAAAGGGAGGCGUCGGCAAGAGCACCUUCACAACAAACUUGGCCUUUGCGCUGUCCCUUGACGAACAUAUCCAGGUCGGAGCCAUGGACGUCGAUAUCUGCGGGCCUUCGAUGCCCAAGAUGACGGGUCUGGAGGGCGAGCAGAUCCACCAGAGCAACUCUGGAUGGUCGCCUGUGUAUGUCAACGACAACCUGGCGGUGAUGUCGAUUGGAUUCAUGCUGCAGAACCAGGACGAUGCUGUCAUCUGGAGGGGCCCCAAGAAGAAUGGCCUCAUCAAGCAGUUCCUCAAGGACGUCGACUGGGGCGCACUGGACUACCUCGUUGUCGACACUCCGCCAGGCACCUCAGACGAGCAUCUCUCCAUCGUCAAUUAUCUGAAAGAAAGCGGCAUCGACGGCGCCGUCAUCGUCACCACCCCGCAGGAGGUCUCGCUGCAGGACGUGCGCAAGGAGAUCAGCUUUUGCAAGAAGGUCGGCAUUCCCAUCAUUGGCGUGGUUGAAAACAUGAGCGGCUUUGUCUGCCCCAAAUGCCACAAAGACACACCCAUCUUUGCCCCGACGACUGGCGGGGCCCGGAAGAUGGCUGCCGAUACGGGAAUCAACUUCCUUGGGUCGAUUCCGAUCGAUCCGCGAAUCGCCAAAUCGUGCGACUUUGGCGAGUCGUUCCUCGACCAGUAUCCUGAAUCACCAGCAUACAAGUCGUAUAUGGAUAUCAUCGAAAAGAUCAAAGCGUUUGUGUCCCAGAGCCAGUAGUGCUGUCGGUCGUGCUCUCUGGUCGUGCUGUCGGUCGUGCUGUCAGUCGUGCUCUCUGGUCCGGUUUGCACAAUACAAUCUGCUCAGGCCAUCGUCCGCGCCGGCACAAUCC